GCCGGCGGACGGGCGUGGGGGAGAGGCCCGGGUGUCCGGCGGCCGAGCCAUGGCGGCGCGCGACGGGGCCCGCGGCGCACUGUCACCGCACACGCCGCUCUUUGACAUGCCGCCCACGCUGCUGGGCGAACUGUGCGCCAUCCUGGACAGCUGCGACGGCGCGCUGGGCUGGCGCGGCCUGGCGGAACGGCUUUCAAACAGUUGGCUAGAUGUUCGUCUCAUUGAGAAAUAUGUAGACCAAGGCAAAAGUGGGACAAGAGAGCUACUUUGGUCCUGUGCCCAAAAAAACAAGACCAUCGGAGACCUCUUGCAGAUUCUGCAGGAGAUGGGCCAUUAUCGAGCAAUCCACUUGAUUACAAGCCACGGCACAGCCUCACAUCCCUCAAAGCAAGGUCAUCAGAAAAAGGGAUUUGCAAACAUGCCAGCCAAGGAAGCAACCAGUGUCACGGUGGAUAAUGUUCUUAUUCCUGAGCAUAAUAAAAAAGGAAUAUUGCUUAAAUCCUCCAUCAGCUUUCAGAAUAUUGUAGAAGGAACCAAAAAUUUCCAUGAAGAUUUCCUGAUUGGAGAAGGAGAGAUUUUCGAAGUAUAUAGAGUGGAGAUUCAGAGCCGAACAUAUGCUGUGAAAUUAUUUAAACAGGAGAAAAAGAUGCAAUGCAAGAAACAGUGGAAAAAGUUUUUAUCUGAGCUGGAAGUUUUACUAUUGUUUCGUCACCCAAACAUACUGGAAUUGGCUGCAUAUUUUGCAGAGGCCGAUCAGUUCUGUCUGGUAUAUCCAUACAUGAGAAACGGAACACUUUUGGGCAGAUUACACUGUAUGGAUGGCAUGACUCCACUCUCUUGGGAUGUUCGAACCAGUAUAUUAGUGGGCAUAUCCAGAGCCAUUCAGUACUUGCACAACACUCAACCAUGCUCAGUCAUCUGCGGCAGUAUAUCAAGUGCAAACAUACUUUUGGAUGAUCACUGUGAAGCCAAACUAACUGACUUUGCCAUGGCACACUUCCGAUGCCACCUUGAACAUCAGAAUUCUGCUAUCAGCACGGCCAGCAGCAAUAGCAGACAUCUCUGGUACAUGCCGGAAGAGUACAUCAGGCAAGGGAGACUCUCGGUGAAGACAGACGUCUACAGCUUUGGGAUUGUAAUAAUGGAAGUUUUAACAGGUUGUAGAGUGGUGUUAGAUGAUCCCAAACAUAUUCAGCUGCGCGAUCUGCUUAUGGAACUGAUGGAGAAGAGGGGCCUUGACUCAUGUCUCUCACUUCUGGAUAAAAAAGUAUCUCCCUGUCCUCGGAAUUUCUCUGCCAAGAUGUUCUCUCUAGCAGUUCAGUGUGCUGCAACGCGAGCGAAGUUCAGGCCGUCAAUGGAUGAGGUCCUGAGCACGCUGGAAAGUGCCCAAGCCAGCCUGUAUUUUGCCGACGAUCCCCCCACAUCUCUUAAGUCCUUCCGAUGUCCCUCUCCUCUGUUCUUGGACAAUGUACCAAGUAUUCCCAUGGAAGAUGAUGAAAACCAGAAUCGCUAUUCACCACCUCGUGCUAAAGGUUUGAGGGAAAAGAGAAUGACUCAGAAGACUCCUUUUGAGUGCAGCCAGUCCGAGGUUACCUUUCUGGGCUUGGACAGAAAACCAGGGAACAAAGUUAUAGAAGGUGCUUGCACCGCACCUGGUUGUUGUGAAGAAAAAUGGCUCCCAGAGCAUGGAGUGCCCUCCCAGGACUUAGGGGCCUGUGAGAUCCCCGUGGACUCCUCCACAGAUGCUGCAGACCCUUCUUGGAGGAGCAGGCCAGUGGAGACCAGCUGUUCCUCUGAGAUUUUCUGGACCAAACAUGAAGAGUAUAAAAAGCAGUGAAGGUAACCAAAAGAUAAAGAAAAAGCAAUUGUCGCCUACACUCUUUGAAUGCAGGCGCUGGUGGCUUGGGAAGAUGUUGCAGAUGUCUGUAACAUCCAGUGCUUGAAAUCGGGCCAAAGCCAAGGAACCAGAAAUUCAGUUCAGCUCUCCCAAACGGGCAGCAGGACCCUUCCCCACUGCUGCCUCCCAGGACCUGCACUAGCAGGCAGCUGGAGUCAGGAGCCAAGGCUGGAAAUCAAACCCAGGUACUCCUGUGUGGGACACAGAUAUCUUAACCACUAGGCUAAAUGUUCACACAUAUUAGGCAUCUGCCUUGGCCAAGUUACUGUGUAGCCACGUUCCAUGUUCCAAGUUCCAUGGUCUCUGCUAUUUGAAACACACAGUAAGGGAACUGGAAGGAAAUGCUAAAAAUUGAGAGGGGAGAGGUAAUUGAGGUUUUUUUGAACAGGUGAAGAAGGCUUCUUAGAGAAGCUUCUUGCAGAAUGGAUUAAGAGAAACAAAAGAUCAUUGAAGCACUAUUCAGAUGAAUUAUCCAAGGAAUUAAGAUGCACAGCUCUGCUACAUCUAUGGAGCCAGAAAGAUGCAGUGAGGGUUUGGAGCAUGGCUUGAUUUUCCUAUAUGGUUCUCAAAGCCACUCUCUAAGCCAUCUUGUUUACCUCACCAUGUAAGGGAGGAAACUGGCUUAGGAAAAUUAUGCCAUUUGGCACAGGUCCUCCCAUAUUUGGAGGAGCCAGGAUUUGAAGCCAUGAAUGUUUGAUUUCAAAGCCUGUCAUCUUUCUUCUAUUUCACAUUCAACAAAGGAAACAUUGUAAGUUCAAGCUCCUACAAAGAUAUAUGUAGAUAUCACUUAUUGAUUCCACAAAUUUUAGUAGAUACACCAUGCCGUGUGCCCUCUGUGCUACCCUGCUUCUCUGCUAUAGCACCCACAUGUUUCGGUAGCCAUUAGAUGUGAAUUCAUUAUCUGUCCAUCCACUCACUGAAUAAUGUUUGUCAGCAGCCUCCUUGGUUUCAGGCGGAGUUCUAGUAUCUAGGAGUACGAUGAGGUUCAUAACCAACAGAGAUUGCUGCUCUCACGAAGCUACUAUUCGAAUGACUAAAUCUUAAACAUUCUAGGGUCAUAGAUCUCAGCUUCUCUGACGGUUCUUCUACAGUUGCGGAAGGAGUCAGCAAGUUUCAUGCUUGUCCUAUUGUGUAGCUGUAACCCUAUAGUGAGUCAUCACUUUCUCUCUCUUCCAUUCUCUCUCUGUUCCCUCUCUCUGUAACUCUGCCCUUCAAAUAUGUAAAUC